UAUAUUUUUUUGUUUUAUUUUUUGCAGAAAAUUUACUUUUGGUAAUCGCCUUAUGAUUUUGCCCGUCUUCCUUAAAAUUUCGUUGUGAGGGAAGAAGAAUUAAAAAGUUUUCUCGCGAAGCUUGAGAAGCCAUGGAUAUGCAGCGUGAACUCGAGAGAUUGAUGUUCUUUGAACAUGCUCGCGUGAAAGCAGAAGCAACCUACGUCAAAAACCCUUUGGAUACCGAUAAUCUGACGAAAUGGGGAGGAGCUUUACUGGAAAUAUCACAGUUCCAAAAUAUGCCAGAGUCAAAGCAGCUGAUGCUAGAGGCCAUUUCGAAGCUGGGAGAAGCGUUGGUAAUUGAUCCAAAGAAGCACGAUACGCUUUGGUAUAUAGGUAAUGCUCACACUUCAUAUGGGUUGUUGACUCCUGAUCAAACCGAGGCUAUACAUCACUUUGAGAAAGCUACACACUUCUUUCAAAAAGCUCUGGAGGAGCAACCAGAGAACGUAGCCUAUCAGAGAUCACUGGAAUUGGCUUCCAAGGCUCCAGAACUACAUACAGAGGUUCACAAACAUGGUUUAGGCCAACAACCAUUAGGCGUUGUCGCUGGACCUUCAUCUACCAGUGCAAAGACGAUGAAGCAAAAAAAGAACAAUGAUCUCACGUAUGAUGUGCUCGGAUGGGUCAUCUUAGCCGCUGGUGUUGUUGCGUGGAUCAGUUUUGCCAAAUCUUAGAUGCCGGUGCCAAGGCAGUAACAGUCACCAAGAGCGUCUAAAGAUCAAGACUUUUAUUCAUUUUCGAGCUAAAGAGUUUCUCAUUAUUACAACUCCUAGAACGGAUUUGAAGUUAUUAGAUCAGAGACACAGGAAAUGUAUAAGAACCUCAAAUUGUCCUUUGGAAAUUAACAUACAAAUCAGUGAAACCAUAGUCACCAAACUCAGAUUAGUACUCUUCUUGAACUCAUAUUAUCCUUUUUCAGUCACCAUUUCCGUAAACUUUGUAAUGGAAAAAGGUAAACCUGGUUUA